AUGGCCUCCUCCGAUCUGGACCAGCUCAUUGAGAUGGGCUUUGACAAGGAAAGAUCGGAAAUUGCAGUGAAGAAGGGCAACGGCAUUCAAGGUGCUCUCGAAUGGCUGGAAGCAAACCAGGAUAAGUCACUGGAGGAAAUUAAAGAAGAGGAGAGCGAGGAGGGCCCUGCACUUCAGCCGGGAGAGGAAGCUCGCAGCUUGGUGUGCAACGAGUGUGGCAAGAAGUUCCGGAGCCAUGCACAGGCCGAGUUUCACGCGUCUAAGUCCCAACACGUUGACUUCUCCGAAUCGACCGAAGAGCUUGCUCCUUUGACUGAAGACCAAAAGAAGGCAAGGCUCGAGGAGCUUAGACAGAAACUAGCGGAAAAGCGGGCGGGGCAGUCAGAGCAGGACAAGAUUGACAAGAAGAGGAAUGAGGAAAUCCGCAGGAAGGCUACCAAGGAUUCCCAGGACGUUAAAGAAGAACUCCAGCGAAAGCAAGCGCUGAAAGAAGCUGAACAGAAGAAGAAGGAGAAGCUAGCAGACAUCGAGGCCAAGAAACGCGUCAAGGCUAGAAUUGAAGCUGACAAGGAAGAGCGGCGCCUGCGGGCUGAACGAGAGAGGGCUGAACGUGCCGGUGUAGCACCCCCUGCUCAGCCUGCACCAGCCCCGGCGGCCACCACGUCUGGUCCCGUUGCCUCGAAGCCCGCUUCGGCCUACACGGAAACCCGCUUGAGAUUCCAGACAUCGAAGGGAAAUAUCAUGAAGACUCUCCCAGUGACUACCACGCUCUUUGAGGUCGCAGCAGCUCUGCAGCGGGAGGACGGAAUAGAAGUACACAGCUUUGCGCAGAACUUUCCCCGGAAGGUCUUCGAUGCGGAGUAUUUCGGCGAGUCCCUGAAGGACCUGGGCCUGAUCCCUAGCGCAAGUCUUGUUGUCCAGUGA